AUGGAUAAAAUUCUCUUUUGGAAUACUAGAGGUGUUGGAGGUGGUGAUUUUAGGUCUGUAAUUGUGGACCUUGUUAAGAUGCAUGAUGUUGAUCUUUUAAUUAUCUGCGAACCUAGAAUUCAAUUUUCUAAAGCUAAGAGACAUCUUUUGAGCAUUGGUUUUACUGACUUUGUAGUUGAAGAAUCAACUGGUUUUUCAGGUGGUAUCUGGAUAUUGUGGAAUAAAAAUAAAGUUCAGCUCCAAAAGAUUGACUCUAAUUCUCAAUCUAUCACUGUGAAAGUUUCUGGGAAUGGCAUAGGUGAUUGGUUACUCACCGGUCUUUAUGCUAGCCCCUGUCCUAGCACUAGACAAAGAUUGUGGAACUAUCUUACUGCGAUGUCAAAUUCUACUCAACUCCCCUGGAUGAUUGUAGGUGAUUUUAAUGAACUUGUUGCUUAUGCUGAUAAAAAUGGAGGAUCUUACGCAGGUAAAUUUGGAGGUCUAAUAGAUUGGGUGCAAAGUGAGGCUAUGAUUGAUCUUGGAUAUCAAGGUGCUAAUUUUACCUUGGUCAAGUGGAAGAAUUAA